AUGGCCCAGCAGGACGGAGAGCGGGGGCCUCAGCCGAUGGCACUCGCGGCCCCCGAGCUGGAGUGCAAGAUCUGCUACAGCCGCUACGACGCCCGCGCCCGCAGACCCAAGCUGCUCCGCUGCGGCCACCGCCUCUGUGCCAAGUGCCUGCGCAAGAUGGUGGCGCUGGGGGAUGCGUCCCCCCGCCAGCUCCGCUGCCCCUUCUGCCGCCGGCACAGCCCGGUGCCCGGUGGGGACGUGCAGCAGCUGCAGGACGACGGCGAGGCGCUGGCACUGCUGACGGGCCGUGAGCGGGCCAAGAAGCGGGGUCCCCCCCGGUCCCCCGAGGUUCUCCUCUGCCCCAGCGUGCUGGAGCCCGCGCCCGGCCCCGACUGCCUGGUCGUCACCAUCCUGGAGGUGCCGGAGGACGUGGCCCCGCCGGAGGGCCUGGGCGGGCUGGAGGUGGUGCGGCUGUACCGUCCCACCAGCCUGGGCGCGCUGGCCUGCCACGGCCCCGGGCACAAGUGCCGCUCUUGGGGGUGGCGAGCCGUCCCCCGCUUCAUCCUGGGCGUCCUCUGCCUCCUCUACUUCAGCUCCCUGCCCUUCGGCAUCUACCUCCUGCUCAUUGAGCACCACAGCCUGGGCAUCGUCCUGGUCAGCCUCGUGCCCUCCACCCUCCUCCUCUGCAUCAUCUACAGCCUCUGCCAGUGUCUGUGCCGGGAGGUCUUCGGGUUCCCCCACUCCUGA